AUGGUGCAACGCAGCGAGAUGAAGAAGAUCUGGGGGUUGCCCAGGCUUUCAAGAAAGUCCAGUGGGCUGUUGUCGACCAAACGGGGAAACCGCUCUGAUCAGACAGACUCCUACGACUCGCUCGGCAUCCGAGAUGGUACUGGCAGUUCGAUCAACGAGGUGGAUGGCAACCAGCGACAGCUGCGGGAGCUCGUGCACCGGAUGCGGUCGGGGCCAUCGGGCCCCAAGGAAAUUGACAGCGCCUACGAGCUGUACAUGAAGCACAGGGAUCGCGCGCAUGCGCUGUGCCGGUCGAUCUUGGCAGACGAGUUCAAGCCGAGGCAGCUCUCCAACGUGACCGAGACCAUGGCACGGCGCGACUCGUCCCUCGAGUCACCCAGCGGCAUGUUCGACCAUAGGAGCUCCUUCAGCGGGCGCAGCCUGACCGAGGUGGUGACAGGUAGCGCGGGCCGCAGCACGCACGUGAACGACAACGCACUGAGCAUUGUCCGCGACUGGCGGAUCUACCUGGAAUCUCUCGCCGAGUCGUUCAAGCAGAACCUGGCGGACACGUAUCGCAAAUUUGAGACCGACGCCAAUACAGAAAAGAUUGAGGCGCUGUUCAACAACAAGAGAUACAGAAAGGAGGCUGUGAAUCGGAUGAGGAAUGCGAGCGUGACGAGGGUCAUGUCCGCCGAUCCGCAAUUUGAGAUGCAGUUUCCCCGCUAUGAGAUACGCUUCCGCAACUACGAGAAAGUCAAGCAAGACCUCAUCGAGACGCGCGCCCUGGUCCAGGCCGGCGAGUCGGGCAUCUCCCCCGAUCGCGAGUGUGAGGAUAUUGCCAUUGCGCCGCUCGGCGAUGCGAUCCUCGAGUUUGCCAACCUCUCGCCCGAGGCAGUGGGCACCGAGCCUGUCGUCCGCUUCCGGGUGAACUCGCAGGUGCUCGCCCCGACGUCGCCCAUCUUUGCCCGCAUGUUCCCGCAGCACCACCAGAGUCCGCCUAUGCACGACGACGACGACAUCCACAUGCACCUCCCGCCGCCUGCGACGCGGUACCUGUGCCGGGACGGUUCCGAGGCGAGGCUGUACCGCAUGCCCCAGGUGGAGACGAACCGAUGGAGAUCCUUGGAGAUCCUACUUUACGCCGCUCACAUGCGCGCCGACAAGAUACCCCGCGAGGUCGAAUUUGAGCAGUUUGUGGCCAUUGCCGAAUGCUGCCUACGAUACAAGUGCACGUCGCCCCUGGAGCUGAUCGUGGAGCAUCGCUGGCUGCCGCAGUGCAUACACAAUGGCGGCGACGACAUGGCCGACGGGAUGCUGGCCAUUAGCUAUGCCUUUGGCCUGCAAAGCAUAUUCACGCGCGUUUCCAAGAGCGCCAUCCUGAACCUCGUCGACGAGAGCGACCUCCACAGCAAGCCCUGGCCCCAGAAGAUUAAGAACAAGAUAUGGGCCGUGCGGUGCGCCAAGGUGGCCCAGGUCUACGCGUGCUGCACCAGCGCCAUCCAAGAGUACAUACGACGACCGUCCAGGAACCUGGCCGAUGAGGUGCCGCCCAUCACGCCCUCCGCCCUGCGCAGCAGCACGCUUCACCCGGCGAGUCUACCAAAGCCGGCGCCCUCCGUCUUGAGCACGACGCCGCGCUGUCCCAAGGGGAGCCAUUGGUGCGACGCUGGGAAUCUGGGGUGGAUCAUGCUCGUCUACAACGAGCUCAACGUGCUGUCGCAGAUUGUGCGACCGAAUGUGCUCACGCACCUCCCCGAGUCCAUGCAGCAGCCGUCCCAGAGUCUGGCGCAGAUUCUCGAGACGCUUCGCAGGACGCCGAGCCCCCUGUCGCCCAUCCACCGAGGCGGCGUCUGCGACCCGAGUCCCGCCUUCCGGGCGGCGGUGAACGACGUGUUCAACAGUAUCUCUGGACUGACGCUGCACGACGUCAGCGGGAAGAGCCACGGUUGGGCACUGACAAAGUACAAGGAGGCAGAACCCCAAGAAACCGACGCAGCGGGUCUCGACAGAAUGGCGGCCCCCGAUCGUGGCCACCACAGCGUGGCGGCCGAGUUCCCGGAGCACGUGCGACUCAAGCUGCUCAGUAUGAUGAACGACCCGGACGACCUGCGUGCGGCCGCCAUGAUCAACUCGGCGUGGUACGACACGUAUAAGACGCAUGAGCUCUUCCUAGUCCGGGGCAUUUUGCGGUCAGGCCACUUCCGCGCAGACACGGUCGCGCUGCGGCCCAACAUACCCAAGAGCAUCAGCAACGCGGAGGAGAAGGUGCCCAAGGAGAUUUCCGAUCGCAUCCAGGAGGAAGGGUCGCCUGACGCCGCUGACACAGUGACGAUUCGCAGCGAGGAGGAGUCGGAGUUUGACGAUGGCGAGAGCAUAGCUGGCCACACGCCUGCGCCGUCCAUCACGCCGUCGUUGACGCGGGAGAUGCGCACGCGGAAUCAGAGGACGCAGCUCACCGAAGAGGCUCUCCAGCGAACACGGACAGCGAGUCCUCCUCGGUUGCCGUACACGAUGCCACCGCCACCAACCAUCUCGGACGGGACGAACACACCGGGGGCAUCGUCGACGCUGACCUCCUCCCCCACCACGCCGCGCGCAUCAUCGCCAACACCCUCUUCUGAGAUAGACGACGACAGCAAGGGCCACGUUGUCUACGCCGAGUACGCAGACGAGCCACCCCUCACCGACGAGGAAGCCCGCCGGAUCCUCUGGGGCGACGAUGAACCAGAGGAGCCCCGACAGCCGCCGCAGGAGGAGGGUCUGCGGGAGAAGUUUCGAUACGGCGACGUGUCGUUUGUCGAAGGGCUGGAGGACAAGAUGCUCCUCGUGGACGGGCAGAAGCGACUGCUCACAGAGGGUAUGGAGGUGCGCCGGCAGCAGGGCGCGCAUGAGUAA